UAAUGCACUUUACGUGGGGUAUGUGGAGGACGAUGAGUCCAUCGGAGCAAUAAUGAAAAAGUUUGAGGAGUUAGAACGAAUUCAGGAAGAAAUUGCUGCCUCAAAACUUACGGAAUCCUUCCCAGAUUUUAAUUCUCCUAAUCAGCAAAAUUCACUUAAAGAAAAUGAAGGGUUAACGCAAGAACAACUCGAAGAAGUUUUCAGAAGGACUUCAAGUUUUACAGUCAAAUCCGCAACCUUUGCGCCUAACCUUGAUGAAGUCGACGAUUUAGACUAUUGGUUAAUUGAAAUGGAAGACGGUAAUACUGCUGAGUAUGAAGAAGAAGAUGAUUACAUGACCGUUGAUAAUGACUUCUGGGAUGAAGAAUUUGGAGAAAGAAAGCGAAGAAAAAUCGAAAAAUCUGGAACAGAACGCCGGCGCAAUAUAGACCGAGAGAGUCUUCUGCAACGAUACAAAAUUAUGCAGGUUAGACUACAAGAUAGAAACGGAAAUUUCUUCACUGUCAAGAAGAAAGUAAGGUGA